GCGCGGCCGCUAUUUAUAGCCGCCUGGCGGCUCCUUCCGGGGCUCUCCGGCAGGCUAUGGGAGGACCCCUGCCCGGCUGCCCUGGUCCGCCCCGCAGGCCGUCCGGAGCCCGCGUGCCUGACCCGGGAACCUCCGAGCCGGGGCCGCCCGAGGGCAGCGCGGGGAGCGCGCGCCCGGGGCGCCCCAGGAAGGGCAAGGCGGGGCCGCGCGGCGCCUGCUUUCAAGAGCCCUGUCCCGCGGAAGUGCGCGGAGCCCGGAGCGGUCCGCUGGGGGCGCGGCUGCAGGUGGGUCAUCUGGAGCGAUGGGCGACUGGAGCUUCCUGGGGAGACUGCUAGAGAACGCCCAAGAGCACUCCACGGUCAUCGGCAAGGUGUGGCUGACCGUGCUGUUCAUCUUCCGCAUCCUGGUGCUGGGCGCGGCGGCCGAGGAGGUGUGGGGGGACGAGCAGUCGGACUUCACGUGCAACACGCAGCAGCCGGGCUGCGAGAACGUGUGCUACGACAGGGCCUUCCCCAUCUCCCACAUCCGCUUCUGGGUGCUGCAGAUCGUCUUCGUGUCCACGCCCACCCUCGUCUACCUGGGCCACGUGCUGCACCUCGUGCGCGUCGACGAAAAGAAGGACGGGGAGCAGGCGCUGCCGAGCCGCGAUCCGGACCUGCCGGGGCGCGCUGACCGCCGCAAGGUGCGCCUGGCCGGGGCCCUGCUGCGCACCUACGUGUUCAACGUCGUCUUCAGGACGCUGCUGGAAGUGGGCUUCAUCGCCGGCCAGUACCUCCUGUACGGCCUCGAGCUGAAGCCGCUGUACCGCUGUGACCGCUGGCCCUGCCCCAACACGGUGGACUGCUUCAUCUCGCGGCCCACCGAGAAGACCAUCUUCAUCAUCUUCAUGCUGGCUGUGGCCUGCCUGUCCCUCCUGCUCAACAUGCUGGAGAUCUACCAUCUGGGCUGGAAGAAGCUUAAGCAGGGAGUGACCAGCCACCGCGGCGCGGACACCCCAGAGCCCAGGGCGGGGGCCGCAAAGCCCGGCGGCGGGAACCCCCUCCUCCCGCCGCCGCCCUGCGCCGCGCCCGCCGUCGCCGUCGAGUUCCCGCCCCUCAACCCUCGGCGCCCCCACUCGCUGGGGCAGGCAACGGCCUCGGGCUGUGCAGGGGCCUCUCUGCCCGCGGCGCAAGACGAGGUCCGCCCGGCCCCGUCCUACCACCUGCUAAUGGCUGAGCAGAACUGGGCCGACCCGGAGGCCGAGCAGCGGGCGUCCGCCUCGGCGUCCCUGAGCCCGGCAGGCAGCGGCCCGCAGCAGCCCCAGGGGAUCGCGGCCGGAGGCCCCGAUCCCGCCCCUCCGGGAGCCCGGACCGGCCGCAGUCUGGACGGGACUCCCGCCGCGGCGGCGACCAGCGCUCCCGCUUUGCCCCUCGCAGACCCCGGGCGGGCCAGCGGGGCCAGCGGCGGUCGGGCCAGACCGACGGACUUGGCCGUCUAGGGCUGGUCUCCAGACAGCGUUGUAAUAACCGUUUUUCUAGCAACAAAGAGCAGUUGAAACCAGCAGGUAGAGAGGCCUCUGGGGAGAGAGCGAGCCCGGGAGCGGGAGGAGGGGGACCUGCAGGGCGGCCGCGGAUUCGCGCGGGGUGGAGCGGGGCAGCGGGCGGGCUGGCGCCUCCCAGGUGCGGCGGGCACCGCGGGCGCAGCG